CGGACCCCAGUUUGGUGUUGAUUUUUGUUUUAUUCUAGAUGUCUAUGCAUCCUUUUGACCCCAUAAAUGAAGCUGAAAUAAGUUUGGCAAGGAAGAUUUGUCUAAGUUAUCCUUCCUUUCCAAAAGGGCGUUUUCGUUUUGUCAGUUUUGAUCUGAAGGAGCCCAGCAAAGAAGAAUAUUCACACUGGAAGCAUCAUCAGUUUUCUAUUGCUCGUCAAGUUUUGGUUGGUAUUUUAGAUAACACUUUGCAGACUAUGUAUCAAGCGCUGGUCCACUUAAAAAAACAAGAAGUAGUUUCUUGGAAAUGUAUGGAAGAUGUUCAACCUCGUAUUAUGUUUGAUGAACUAGUGGAGGUGGAGAGAGUUGUGAAGAAGGAUCCAAAAGUUCAAUUUAUUUUGAAAAAGUAUUAUCAUUUUGAUAAUAUGGAUCUUGUUAUAGCGGAUGGUUGGGGUAUUGGAAAUGAUGGAGAGACAUGGGAACAGAGUCGUCGUUUAGUGCAAGUUUUUCUGUGGUGCCGAAUGAAUGCGAAAGAUGAUAAUUUGUAUGCUCAUCCUAUCGAAGGCUUUACACCUAUUGUAGACUUGAACUUAAUGGAAAUUAUCUAUUAUACACUCCACGAGAAGCUGAUAUCUCCCAUUCCGAGAACCCAGUAUCCGUACACUGUUCGCCAACUAGGCGAAGAGAAUUUGCGUGAUAAUUUGAAACCUCUCUCUACUUGCCAACCUAAGGGAGUUAGUUUUCAAGUGGAUGGACAUGUUGUGGAAUGGCAAAACUGGCGACUGCAUAUUGGAUUCAAUGUUCGAGAAGCCUUAGUUUUAAGAGAUGUUGAAUUCUGUGACCAAGGAACUUACAGAAAAGUUCUUCAUCGUGCAUCAUUAGCUGAAAUGUUAGUUCCGUAUGGAGACCCUCGACCACCACAUAAUCGAAAGAUAGCAUUUGAUGUUGGAGAAUAUGGCUUGGGGUUUUGCUGUAACUCUCUGAAGCUUGGUUGUGACUGUUUGGGAGUCAUAACCUAUUUCGAUGCUGUUGUUCAUGAUACACUUGGCAACCCUGUUACAAUAAAGAAUGCCAUAUGUUUACAUGAAGAAGACUCUGGACUAUUAUGGAAGCAUUCGGAUAUUCGUUCUGGAGAUGUAGAAGUUCGAAGAGGAAGGAAGUUAGUAAUUUCUUGCGUGGCA